CGGAACUCACGAGGGACCGCAUUGUGGCGCAGACAGGCUAACGGGCGAGAAUGGGCGGCGGCGGGAGGAGGAAUGGCCGGUGGCCGCGGGGCAGCAACAAGGGCGGCAUCAUGGCGGGGGCGAAUGGCCACACUGGCGGGCGAUAUGGCGGUGGGGGCGGUGCGACAUGGGCUGUCAAGAAAAAGGAGAGAAUCAAUGGCAAUAAGCUGGAUGAGUUGUGUCUUUUGUCCGCUCACCGAUAGGAACUCGUUGGGGCGGUGGUGGCGGCAGCCGAUACACGGGCGGCACAUACGUCGGGCCUGUCAAGGCAAAGACCCCAUACAGUGUCAGAGAUCAGGUUCCCUUAUUGCAAUGGAUCUCAGUUGUGUCUCUCCUCCACUCACCGGCAGCGGCAGCAGCUGGUGCUUGUGGUGGGGAGGUGGUGAGCCACGGGUGGCGGAGGGCCUGCACAACCGAAGGAGCGAGGGACAUACAGGCGACACACAGCACACAAGACGUCCACGAAUCUGACAGGGAGAAGUGUCCUUGUUUCUUCCCUGGCUAACUGACCUCCUCAGCGCUCAUGCCCUUGAGAAGCCCUUCGAUGAAGUCCACCAGGUCGGUGGACGGGGCGAAGGGCAGCAGGGCCCGGCGGAUGGCCUCCUCCGUCGGCUGCAUUCCAAUGGGGGGUAAAGCAGAGAGGGAAGCCGUUAGGCUGAAUGCCCGUCUGUGACGAUCAUUUCAUUGGUCCUCUCGUACCGUGGAAGCGGCGAUCUGCGAAGCCUUGGCAUGGUCAACCCCAGCCAUCCGCAGCAAUGUGACCACUGCCAGAUAGCAGCGACAGAGACAAAGAGAGAGAUACGACAAUCCCAAAUGCCCAUCGGUCAUGGGAACCUACCCGUAUCAAACAUGUCUCUCCUCGCCCCCUCGCCCUUCUGCACGCCAAAAGCACACACAACACACAGGAAGACCAAUCAGCCAGAAAGCCAGAAAGCCAUCGAUCGAUCGAUGGUCUCACCUUGUCCUCAUCCAUGUAAUCCAGAUCGAUCAGCACAGUCGACCCGUCUCGGCGCUUUAUCAAAUUUUCUGGUUUGACGUCGAGGUGGGCGAGCCGGCGGCGGUGGAGGAAGGAGAGAGCGUGAAGGAGGUCGCUGGCGACGGCCCUCACGUCUCCCUCUCCCAGGCUGCCGCACAGCUCCCACACACCCCGGCCUGCACACAUACACAGACACACACAUCGGUGGAUGCAUGUCUCGGCUCGUGUCGCUCUUUCGCCUACCUUCAACGUGUUCCAUGAUAAUGCAGCUGCGGCUGCUCCUUGUGACCGCGAAAUCCCCCACUAGCCGCACGAUAUUGGGGCAAAGGGCGAGGCCCUUCUCGAUGUAUCGGCGGUAUGUGGGCUUGUGGUGGAACUGAUGAGACACAAGCAACAAAGUAAGCAAGGAUAUGUCGACGAGAGGAGAUGUGCAAGUGAUGCCUACCCCGCCGAUGGAGUGCUCCGUGUCGAGCACCUUUGCCACCUUGCCCCCCUCGAGCCGCCACAAAUCGGCUUGGCCGCCCUCCCCCAACUUGCCCAGCACACGUAGCCCAUACAAAUCAUGCAAGACGCCCUGCAGACAUCAGAGAGCAAGCAAUGAGAGACAGACCAAUGAGUCUGCGCAGCCUGCCGGGUCACUCACUGACCUCCACGUCCCUCUUCCACACCUUGAUGUCCCAUUCCUGCAGACAGACCGACAGACAGACGGAGACAGCAUGUGAGACAGGAGUAUCCUGACGUGCGUGUCUGCCGGUCAGUGUAUAUCUCUCACCCUCUUGGCCAACUCGUUCUGCUUCAUGGCCUCCACCACCCCCUGGGCCUCCUCCAUGGUGUCGCCGUCGUCCAGGCAGACUCGGAGGGUCUUCUCCUCCAGUUGGCGGACGAAGUCCGCAGGAGGCUCCAGGGGCAGCGGCGGGUGCACUCGAGUGUGCAU